AUGGAGUUUCUGAACCCAAUUCUCUUUGUUCUCAUGCUUUUUUCCUCAACGAUUCCCGUCUUUUCCUACUCCCAAUUCUCUCCGAUCGACCACUACCUCCUCGACUGUGGAUCAACCCUUAAAUCCACCGUCGACAAUCGCGUCUUCAUCUCCGAUUCCUCGCCCUUUUUGUCCUCUCCUCGCUCUUCCUCGCUCAGAAAUCAACACCCCUUCCAGGGUUUGCCCCCGAUUUACAGCUCGGCUCGCGUUUUCGAGCUGCCGUCGAAGUACGAGUUUCAGAUCAGAGACAGAGGGACGCAUAUGGUACGCCUCCAUUUCCAAACUUUUAGUUCUUCGAAUUUGGAUUUGAUUCGUGCUCAAUUCCACGUCCUGGUUAAUGGGUAUGUGAUUCUUAGUAAUUUUAGUGGGGUCUAUGCUGUGAACCCUAGAAUUAAGGAGUACCUUAUCUGGAUUGGUUCUGAAACUCUUGAAAUUACCUUCGUCCCUGUUAAGAAAUCGGAUUUUGCCUUUAUUAAUGCGAUUGAAGUUAUUUCUGCGCCUAAAGAUCUUGUUGCUGAUACUGCAAAAUUCUUGAGUUCUGAGCAUAGUGAAAAUGUUGGUGGAUUGGCGGAGGAAGGGCUUGAAGUUCUGUACAGGGUCAAUGUUGGGGGCCCUAAGGUGACCCCGUUUAAUGAUUCUUUCUGGAGGACUUGGGUUCCUGAUGAUGAACAUUUUGAAUCGAAUGAGGGGUCGAAAAAAGUGUAUUCUAGCGGAAGAAUCAAGUAUCAAGCUGGUGGGGCGAGUCGUGAAGUUGGUCCGGAUAAUGUUUACAACUCUGCCCGAGUGAUCCAAAGUAGGAGUUCUUUGGUUCCAAAGAUGAAUAUGACAUGGACGUUCCCAGUUGUCGAUGGAUAUCGAUACAUCGUGCGCUUGCAUUUCUGUGAUAUUGCUAGCAUCUCGAUUGGUCUGUUGUUUUUCAAUAUCUACGUUAAUGGGUUCAUGGCGUAUGAGAAUUUCGAUCUCUCAACUGCUACAAAUUGGGAACUUUCUUCUCCAUUCUAUGUCGAUUUCCUGGUCAAUAGCGGUGUAGAUGGAGUUCUUAGAAUUAGCAUUGGGCACUCUAAUCAGAGCAUUCCAUAUGGUGUAGAUGGUAUGCUAAAUGGAAUUGAGAUCAUGAAGUUGAAGAACCCUUUGGGUAGCUUUGAUGGUAACCUAUCUGCACAGAUGGUUUUGGAGAGAUGUCAAGGAAGCAAUCUUAAUUUGGUUCCUUAUGUAGUGAUUUUAUGCUUGCUUGUAAGCGCGUCGGUGAUAUUACGUCGGAGGGUAAUCAGGAAGGUAACCGGGAGGGACGAGUCUUUCCCGUGGUCGAAAGUGCCAGUGGUGGAGAGCUGA